GAAUAGUCAUGGUUCCAAUACAUGCAUAUAUGAAGUGAUAAGACUACCGCACACCACAGGCUUAGGUACUCAUUUGUUACGAAUCACUAGAAAAAAUUUGAAUGUAUUUGAAGAAAAAAUGAAACGAAUCAUUACUCGAAUUGGUGGAACGUUAUAAUGCAAAGUAGAAGUUUCGUGUUCUUCGUAAAUUCAAGAAUUCUUCUCAUAAAAAUCGUCACUGUAGAUUUUCAAUAUUGGAACAUAAUUCUUCAAGAGCUCAAGCAUAUCAGAGCCAAGAGGUCCAAUGGACCCGACAAAUAUAACAUGCCCACUCAUAUCCAGCUCAAGUUCACUCCAGUUAUUAGCAGCUGCACACUUACUAACACCUCUGAUAAUCUCAAACUGCCACCUUGUGGGAUCGUAUCCGAAAGACAAAAGUUCAUACGUUUACCAACAAUACGAGCCAGAAUACGACUUCAUCAUCGUCGGAGCUGGAUCAGCAGGAUGCACCGUAGCAAAUCGUUUAAGCGAAGUAGCCAAUUGGAGAAUUUUACUCAUCGAAGUGGGACCAGAUCCGCCAAUAAAUUCUGAUAUUCCUUCCUUAUUCUUGUCCUUAUUCAAGUCUCCUUACGACUGGAAUUACUUGACAGAACCGAGCAAUGACUCGUGUCUGGGAUACAUCAACAACCAAUGCUCCUGGCCUAGAGGAAAGCUUUUGGGAGGCAGUAGUUCGAUGAAUUAUAUGUUAUCUGUUCGAGGCAAUCCAAAAGACUACGAUAAUUGGGAAUCUGAGGGUAAUCCUGGAUGGGCUUAUAAAGACGUAUUGAAAUACUUCAAGAAAUUGGAACGUGUUCGCAUACCAAGAUUAGGAGAUAGGCAUUUACAUGGGUAUAAUGGUAAUGUAUUCAUAGAAGAUUAUACAAACAAGACGAUCUACGAUUCCAAAGGGAUGCGAGAUUACAUCACUGAUUACUCGGUGGCAUCGGGGUACCCAAUUGUUGAGGAUUUCGAUGCACAUCCUCAAGCCGGUGUUACCAUAGUACCUGGCACUUUACGAAAUGACGUCAGGUGGAGUGCUGCAAAGGCUUACCUCGAGCCAAUUCGAAAUAAAAACAAUCUAGUCGUCAUGAAAGAAACAUUCGUCACUAAGAUAUUAAUCGACAAGAAUAGAAGAGCUUAUGGAGUAGAGGUAUUUAAAGAUGGUAAGUAUAAAAAAAUUUACUGCAAAAAAGAAGUCAUCGUAUCAGCCGGAUCCAUUAAUUCUCCUCAGUUAUUAAUGAUUUCUGGUAUCGGUCCUCGAGAUCACUUACAAGAUCAAGGAAUCCCUGUAGCCCAAGAUUUAAAAGUUGGAUAUAAUUUACAAGAUCAUGUUUUGGUAUACGGUUUGGCAGCAAGUAUACGUGGCAAAGGAUAUGAACAUGGGGCUCUUUCUCUAAAUUUCAUUUACGAAUACCUAUCAAACAGAGUAGACCUAGGUGUAUUUCUAUCAGACACGAUGCUUUUCUUUAAUACAACUGGGAACACGUUUGAUUACCCUAAUAUACAAACCUACCACAUCAUGUACCCUCGUACCAGUUUUCCUCUGUCAUUAUUUUUUCUCAUACUGUUCUAUUUGUACAACUUCAAUUUAGAAAUAUCUUUGGAAAACUUGAAAGCGGUUCAACUAGCACCCACCUUACUCAUACAGCCAACACUGAUAAGACCUAAAAGUAGAGGACGUAUUUUUCUCAGAAGCAAAAAUCCUUUCGAACAUCCAAAAAUAGUCACCGGAUAUUUAACUGCUAGAGAAGACGUCGAUGCUCUGAUAGAAGCACUUCGCAUAUUAGAAAGAAUAUCUGAAACCGAAGCUUUUAAAAAAUACGGAAAAUUAUCCUACACUCCUGUUGCAAAAUGUUCGACGCUUAUUCCACGGUCCAAUGAAUAUUACGAAUGCUUCUUGAGACAUUUAGGUGGCACUGUGUAUCAUCCUGUUGGCACGUGUAAAAUGGGACCCUCGAAUGAUUCAGAUGCUGUAGUAAAUUAUGAUCUAAAAGUGCAUGGCAUUAAAGGACUUCGGGUGGUAGAUGCGUCUAUAAUGCCUCUAGUGACGAGCGGUAAUACCAACAUACCGACCAUAAUGAUUGGCGAAAAAGCUUCAGAUUUGAUCAAAGAUGAUUGGUUGUAAUUUUUUCUUUAAAAAAAUCAAUACGCAGAGUGCUAUUGCCGAUGACCCAGGGGCUUGGAAUCAAAUAAACGUUGUUGUUUUGGAGAAAAUAUGAGAAGAGGUAAAAGAAGGAACAUGAUACAGUACUCGUAUUUUAGCUGCUUUCUCAGACAUUCUCUCGAAUAUAUAUUUUUUUUCAUCAAAGUUGCUCAGAAGUCUUGUUUUUUGGCAAAAUUUUGUCUAAAACGGUUUUUAUCUCACAAUUGUUAACAAAUUUACUUUUUCUGGUAAAAUUUUACAAAAUUAUGCUUUAUUACAAAAACUGUAAUAAGAAUCCAUUUUUUUUUAAAUUGCCAGAAAACCCUACAUUUUUUGGUAAAAAUUGGCAGAUAGUCUAAUUUUUUGCCAAAAUCUCAAAGAGACCAGUUUUUUUUCUUGUCAUCAUUUGCCUUUGUCUAAACCUCUUACUUUUUGAUUGCCAAAAUUAUUUUUAAAAAAUCCUACUUCAUUGUCAUAGUCGCACAAUAGAUUCAUUUCUCAUCGAAAUUGCCUAAACGUUUUUUUUUUUGGUACUGAACUCACAAAAAAUUCUUAGCAAAAUUUGGAAAUUACUUUAUUCAUAGUAUCUAAUGGAUCUUUGUUGCUGAAAAGAUCAUUGCUUUUUCACUACUUUCUUCACUACGUACCUUUUUUCAACCAAAUUUUCAGAAAGCUAAGCACUCGACAACUUCUCCCCCCCCCCCGCACACACAAAAUAAACAAAUUCAAAAUUUUCAAUGGAAAACUUUCAAAAAAGUAAUUGAAAUUGGAAGAAAAUUUGUAUACAAUGUUUCCUCAAUUUCAAUAAAAAUUAUUUUGAAAAAAAAACACAAUACAAAUGAAAGCAUUAUUUACAUAAGUUAUAAGACAAACAAGGUGUCUGACAAAAUUUCAAAAUAAAAAAACAGGACUUUGGUAGUACUUUUAGCAGCACAUUUUCAAACACUUGAGAUUUUAUAAGAAAAGGGAGCCAGGAGAGGCAAAAUUUUCCAUUAGAAUUUUUCGCUUUUUCAAUGUCUUCAAACAUCCCAAGAUUUUAUUCAAGCAAGCGGAUGUCGAAAGUAUAAUUUUAUCUUUUUGAUUUUAUUUUCACCUUAAAGGAUCUUUGCUAAUGUAAUGAUGUAAUGAAAUUGUACGAAUAAAAAACGUUUUUCAACAUAACAAAUUUUUAAAAAAUAUACAAAAAUUCGAUGGAAAAUUUUAACAACAUUUGGGGGAAAAAAUACACCAACUUUUUGAAACGACACGGCGAGUUUUACUUUCGAUAAGAAAACAAUUAUGUCCAAGAUUGGCAAAGACAUACGUCGAUUUUCUUCUCUACGAAUAUUAUUGCCAAUAAGUAAUGAAAAUAAUGACAAGGAGAAAAGGCAAGCCAUCAGACAAAAAAUUUCAAAUGUUCAAAAUGCAGUAGAAUUUGAUUUUAAGAAUUGAAAAUUCCUCAAAAAAUCAAUAACAGAUGUUCUUGGGCUUUCGCUUUUAGGCUGUCGUAGCCUCAGGUGCUGAUUUUGGGUACCUAAUUGACGAUUGAUUCAAUCGGUUAAAGAUACCCAAUUUUGAUGAAUUUCGUUUAAACAAGACUGAUAUGAACAGGCUCCAAUCAGUAAUUAAUCAUUCUUUAUUGGGCUCACAAAAAAAAUAUUCGAAAGAACGAUUGGUAGAGUUAGUUGAGAAAUUACCAACUUGGCAGUUAGCAGCUUGAAUAAGUUUUCAAGUUCAGGGGAGAAACGGUUAUUUUAUAAGAGCGACAGUACAGAACCAUUUUUGAAGAUUAAUUUCACGGAGAAAAAACAGAUUCCAAACAUCUGCUGCAAUUGUUUUCAUUAUUUAACAGAAUUUUUUUCGUUAAGUACACAAAUUAUAACUACCAAUUUAUUUUUGAAAUCUACAUAUAAAAAUUCUGAAAUAAAUUAUACUUCGACAAGACUGACAUUGUAGGUAUCUACUAAUAAAUUAAUAUUAUAAGUAAAUGAGCAAACUUUCAAAAUAAUUAAAUUUUUCAAUUUCUCA